GAAGAAGAGAAGCAAACCCAUUUGAAAACACUAAACAAUUUCCAGUCUGGGAACCCAAUGGUCAGCACUCUCAGAAUUCUUCUGCUUGGACCAGUAGGUGCUGGAAAAUCAAGCUUCUUCAACUCUGUGAAUAAUGUUCUCCAGGGCCGAAUGACUACUAGAGCUCUGGCAGAUUCAGAAAGUUGGAGAAGUUUCACUAUGGAGUGCAAAGACUUCAGACUGAAGAAGAAAGACAAUAGCUCCUAUCCAUUCAUGUUUACUGACAUUAAAGGAAUAGAACCAGAAGAAAGGAAGGGUGUGCAUCCUGAAGACAUCGCCAAAAUAUUACUGGGCCACAUCAAAAAUGGAUACAGAUUUCACAUAGACAAUCCGAUCACUGAAGAAAACCCAAAGUAUAAUGCAACUAGCAGCCUAAAUGACAGGGUUCACUGUCUGGUGGCUGUUCUUUCUGCUGACAAAAUAUCUUUAAUGGAUCAGGAUGUCAUUAACCAAAUGAGAAAAGUUCGAGAAAAAGCACGAAAGAGAAGAUGGAAGAGUGUUCCAGCAGACUGGGAGUUCCUGUGACCUGUAUCUUCCCAGUAAAGAACUACCAUGAGGAGGAUGCAACCAACACAAAAAUGGAUAUUCUGAUUUUGAAG